AUGCCGUCAGACUACACAACGGCCGGCGGCGGCCUGAAGCUGAAAGGCGUCGGCGUCGAUAAGAAGAAAAAGAAGAAGCGAUCCAAGCCCACCGAAGCCGGCGAGUCUUCCAACACCACCACAGACAUGGAGAAGCGCGCCUCAAACCCCGAAGACCUAAAAUCACCCGGUCGCUCGCUGUCGCCCGAUACCGCCGAACAAGCAAUCAGGGAAGGCGGAGGGAGGAAGAAGACGGAGGCCGAGAAGAGGCAUGAAGAGUACAGGAGGAAGAGGCUGGAGGAAAAGCUGAAGCGCGAGGGCGUCAAGACGCACAAGGAGAAGGUGGAGGAGCUGAACAAGUACCUGAGCGGCCUGAGCGAGCACCAUGAUAUGCCCAAGAUCGGCCCUGGCUAA